AUCAUUCGGAAAUAUUUUUCAAAAGUCAGAGUCGUCAGAGUCUUUAAAUAAUUCCAAUUGUGCCAUAAUAACUAUAUAUUUUUAUAAAAUUACAAGUUCUUUAAAUUAUUUUUAUAGAAUAAUUUAGAAUUAGUGUUAUUUGGUGCGUGUUAUUCGAGUGAAACAUGAAAUUCUUUUCAAAAACGAAAUCAAUAAAAACGUUUGUUUAAUAGAGUGAAGAAAUUCAACUAUUUGGAAUAUCUGUAUUUUUUUCUCAAACACAAAGGGGAAUGGAGUGAGAAUAUAGUCAGAGUUGAAACUCAAUAGAAAUCCGUAGUUCGACGACUAUUUUUUAUUUCUUUUAUCUCCUUUCCAAUAAAAUUGAUGAACAACGUUCGUAUGACGUUCAACGGUGAAAUGGACCUUAUUUUGACAGAACUAAACUUUGCAGUAGAAAAUAAAUAAAAUUGACUAAUCUUAAUAUUCAAUUAUUCUUCUAUUCUAUGCAAUAUAUUUAGUAAAAUAUGCUUUUCAUGUCAAAUGUAAACAAAAAACUGUCAUAAAGAGAAAACUCCCAUGAACAUAACCUAAAAUUCUUGAAAUGUCACAAACGUCAACAAACGUCAAAAGUCAUCAUAAUAAAGAUGAGCUUUUGUAUAAUUGUUUUCCAAAUUUGUACAAAAGUAAAUCUUUGAUUUUUAUUAAAUUUGUUUUAUAGAUACUUUUAUACUAAAUAAAUAAAUACGUUAUGAAUACGUAUGUUUUUUAUACUGUUUUUUUAUUAUCAAUUUCUUCAUACGUUUCUUAUAGAAGGAAUUUAAUUUUAUUCUGUUAAAAAAGGAGUGUAAUGAAAAUAAUCUCUUGUUGUGUAAUUUAUGGUUGCUCCCUUCAAUUAUUUAGCUCAUCAUUUUUCCCCUCUUCUAUUUUACAAAACCUGUUUUUCGCUUCAACUCGACACCCUAUGUUUCUGUAUUGUAAUUACUCACUCUUGACAGAAAAAACUAAUGCUAUUAGUUCAGGUUUUCAGGAUUACAAAACAGAAAGGAGAACAACAUUCAAUAAUAAAGUGCCUCUGGAUCAGUGCGUAGGAAACUAUUUGUAUAUAUUGAUGCAAAAAAACACUCAGAAUAAAGACACUGGUUGACGGUUUUCUUUUCAAAAACAUUCGAUAUUUGCCCGACCAAUAAAAGUGCAGCAUGUAAUCGUGUAUAACCGUUGAAGAAGGGUUAAGAGAGCAGAAUCCAUAUUGCAACAAAGUUCAUCAAACUACCUAUUGCACUUGCGGGAAGAGAGCGCAUGGCCAGAAUAAGAGACAAUCUUAAAUAUUGCAUGCAUAACCCGAAGCGAGCGAAAUUCUAAAUAUACCAGAUUCAGAUCUAUUUCGGAUUGUAAAGCUGCAAAAAAAAAAAGAGAAGAAUUAUUAUAAGAUCUUUAUCAUGACGCAGCAAGAAUUAGUGUUAGGAAUCGAUAUUGGAACAACUUCUGUAAAAGUCGUCGUUGUUUCAAAAGAAACGAAAGAAAUAGUUGCAAGACAGUCUAAAGAUACUCAAGCGAAUGUGCCCAGCGAUUUAGGAAUUGAAGGCAAUAAACAAGAUGUGCCAAAGAUUUUAUCGGCAGUUCACAAUUGUGUCUCGCGUCUUCCAAAGGAUCUCCUACGACAGGUGAAAAGAAUUGGAGUAUGCGGCCAAAUGCAUGGAGUGACAUUUUGGAGGAAUAUCGAAAAAAAUGGAGAUCAGGGAAUUUUCAAAUUGGAAAUCAACAGGGACCAAGUUUCAAAUUUAUACACCUGGCAAGAUGGUCGUUGUGAUCCGGAAUUCUUAAAGUCUUUACCAAACUCGAAAAGUCAUCUUGCUAUUCAUACGGGUUUUGGAUGUGCGACUAUUUUCUGGUUUUCUAGAAAUAAACCCGAAAAGUUGAAAAAAUACGAUAAGUGUGGCACCGUUCAGGAUUUAGUGGUGAGUUUAUUGUGCGGAGAAAAUGAGGUGAAAAUGAGCACACAAAAUGCAGCGAGCUGGGGAUACUUUAUAACCGAGGAAAAUCAAUGGGACCAGGAAGCUUUAACCAAAGGGAAUUUUCCUCUAAGACUGUUGCCUUCGAAAAUUUUAAAACCCGGAGAAAAUGCGGGAAAAUUAACGAAAAGUUGGUUUGGAAUACCAGAGGACACAGUAAUAGGUGCCGCUUUGGGAGAUUUACAAAGUUCCGUCUACGCCUUAUUGAAAGACACUAACAAGGAGGCAGUCCUCAAUAUUUCAACUUCUGCUCAACUUGCCUACAUUCAUCCAACAUUCAAGCCGAAAACAAACUUGGAAUUGGGCAAAAUAGAGUACUUUCCCUAUUUUGAUGGAAAGUAUAUAGCGGUCGCAGCUUCACUGAAUGGAGGAAACACUUUAGCAACAUUCGUCAAAUCCCUUCAACAAUGGACGAUGGAAUUGGGAUUCUCAGUACCUCAAUCUAAAGUUUGGGAUAAAUUAAUAGCACUAGCGAAAGAAGAAUCUGCCAUUAGUGACAUGCAAAUAACACCAACACUUCUCGGCGAACGUUUUGCACCGGAACAAACUGCCAGCGUCAGUGGAAUCACUCUCGAUACUUUAAGUUUAGGACAAAUUUUCCGAUCACUCUGCUCUGGUGUUAUAAAAAAUCUUCACGACAUGAUGCCACAGGAAAUUCUAAAGCAGAUGGAAAUAUCGCGCAUUGUAGGAAACGGAUCGGGUUUGGUUCGUAAUAUCGUGUUGCAAAAAGAAGUUUCAAGGUGGUAUCAAUUACCAUUGGAAUUGGGUCAUUCAGGAGACGCUGCUCUAGGUGCCGCUCUCGCCGGUUUAUAGUACAAAAAAAAAUUUUUUCAAAUUUAAAUAUGUCUUUACCAAUUUUUUUUUCUUGACUUCAGGCCUCGGAUCGAUUUUAAACCAAAUUUUUAAGCAAAAAAAAUCGCUUUUGUCGA